AGGCAGGGCUUGGUAGGGCAGGGUUGAGUUGGCUCCACCCUGGAGGACUCGCCCUGCCGCGUUCGGGAGGCCUUAGGGCCGGAAGUACUGUGGAAAUUGUUUUUCUCUCUCAAAAGUCGCUUCUCACCCCAGCCCUCCGUGAGGUUGUGGUGUGAGCACGCUAAUCGCUGACUUCUCAAGCUAAGGCUUAAUGAUAUUACUAAUGCUUAGUGAUGUUGACAGUGGACUCCAGACCCAGGCCUCACAUUCACCUCAGGCUUUGUGGCCAAACCCAUGGACACCUGCUACUGAACUCAGCGUGUUUUGGUCCAGGUUGCCUUGUGGCCUGUCAUCUUCAUCUCUGGCAAGCUAAGGGACUCAUCACACCCAGCAUCCUGUGGAUGGGAGGAGCUCAUGGCUCGGGCACUAGGGCGAGCAGGAAGAGCCUCAUAGAGGAAGGGGGGAGUCCCCCCACCUGGGAGGGGCCCCCAACAGGCUGCUGAAGUUAAGACCGAGGAGGAAGUGAGAGGAGGUGAGGUGCAGCGAGGAGCCUGUGACACUGGGGUCUAGGGCACAAUGGCCCAGACCCUGGGGGAGGACCUGGUGCUGUCAUCAGAACUACAGGAUGAUUCUAGCUCUCUAGGGUCUGACUCGGAGCUGAGUGGGCCCGGUCCAUAUCGCCAGGCUGACCGCUAUGGCUUCAUUGGUGGCAACUCAGCAGAACUGGGGACUCCUCAGCGAUCCCCAAGCCAGGAGCUGGGGUUUCUCUGGUGGCCUGGAACGGGAAGGUAUAUGUUCCAAGGAAUGCUAUGCCAUGCCAUGUGCCUCCAGGCCUGGUCAACCCUCUGCAGACCUCAUCCGCCAGCGGGAGAUGAAGUGGGUGGAGAUGACCUCACACUGGGAGAAGACCAUGUCUCGACGAUACAAGAAGGUAAAGAUGCAGUGCCGGAAGGGCAUCCCAUCUGCCCUGCGGGCCCGGUGCUGGCCCCUGCUGUGUGGGGCCCAGGUGUGCCAGAACAACAACCCUGGCACCUAUCAGGAGCUGGCAGUGGCCCCUGGAGACCCGCAGUGGAUGGAGACCAUUGGCAGGGACUUGCACCGCCAGUUCCCUCUGCACGAGAUGUUUGUGUCACCCCAGGGACACGGCAGGGGCUGCUGCAGGUUCUCAAGGCCUACACUCUGUACCGGCCGGAGCAGGGCUAUUGCCAGGCUCAAGGCCCUGUAGCUGCUGUGCUGCUCAUGCAUCUGCCCCCAGAGGAAGCCUUCUGGUGCUUGGUGCAGAUCUGCGAGGUCUACCUCCCUGGCUACUAUGGGCCCCACAUGGAAGCAGUGCAGCUGGAUGCUGAGGUGUUCAUGGCCCUUCUGCGGCGGCUGCUCCCACGUGUGUACCAGCAUCUGCAGCAGGUAGGCGUUGGGCCGCUGCUCUACCUGCCCGAGUGGUUCCUGUGCCUCUUCACCCGCUCGCUGCCCUUCCCCACAGUGCUGCGCAUCUGGGAUGCCUUCCUUAGCGAGGGUGCCAAGGUACUGUUCCGUGUGGGGCUGACACUCAUGCGCCUGGCACUGGGCACUGUAGAACAGCGUGCAGCAUGCCCGGGGCUCUUGGAGACACUGGGAGCCCUUCGAGCCAUCCCCCCGACCCAGCUGCAGGAAGAGGCCUUCAUGUCCCAGGUGCACAAUGUAGCCCUGUCUGAGAGAGAUCUGCAACGGGAAAUCAGGAUCCAGUUGGCCCAGCUGCCCAAGUCAUCUCCUGGGCCAGCACCUCUGCCACAGGCCCGCCUUCCUGGAGCCCAAGCCAUCUUUGAGUCCCAGCAGCUGGCAAGGAUUCGAGGAAGCACCAAACCUGAGAUACCCCGAAUAGUGGUGCAGCCCCCAGAGGAGCCCAGGCCACCACGGCGCAAACCACAGACUCGUGGCAAGACUUUCCAUGGGCUUCUGACAAGGGCCCGGGGACCCCCUAUUGAGGGUCCCUCCAGGUCCCACCGAGGCUCCACCUCUUUCCUGGACACCCGUUUCUGAGCAUUUGGCGGUGCACUUAGCGCCACCAUAUCUUAAUCAUCUGAAGAGCCAUGCCAGUCCCAGAAAUGUGUACUGCACUUUACUUCGGAGCUGUGUGACUCUGCUCUGUUCCCAGCAAGGGGCACCUAGAGGAGGGAGCAUUUCCCCACUUGAAGGACUGUGUCAGGCACAAAGAGAAAGGAAGGUCACCGAGUGGAGCUUGUGGGGAGCAACCUGGUGCCUGCCAGCAUCAAAGCCAGCACUGAAGGAGCGUAGGGGUGAAGCUUCUGCCUGGGAUAUGGUACCCCCAUGGGCUUCUUGUUGGGGAACCUCAAAUAAAGCCUGACUGAGAAGAUA